AUGGGCGCAAAAGUAAAACUCCUCGUAGAACACAGCCGGUCCCUGCUCGCACUCCACCACGCGUUCGCCAGAGGCGCAUUCCCGUCCUCCUCCUCCUCCUCCAAAUCCACAACAACACUCAACGAUGGAGUCAACCUCGACGUCUCGCGCCCCGUCGUCCGGCCCGAGGAGGAGAUAUUGGAGGAGUAUUGGGAACGCGAGGGGAUUGUGGAUGAGGCGGAUAGGAUAUUCAUGAAGGAGGUAUUGAAUGGGUGUGUGCGGCAUCGGAAGGUUUUGGAGGUGGCUCUGAAGAUGUUCUACGCGGCGAUGGAGGAACGGUUAUUGAGGAAUGAAUACAACCUGUAUGCAGUUCUCUUCUAUCUGACACUCUUCCGCCUCAGCGACCUAAGUUUCCCCAAACUCCGAAGCAUCCUCCUCAGCUACCCCCCCACCCAAUCCGCGCCGUUCGUCCGAUUCGUCUUCGACGCCCAGCGGCUAACCGGCGACCUCCAGAAACGGUGGAACGCCAUCCUCGACGCCGAAUGGGUGAAGGAGAACAUCAUCAACCCCGUCCUGUCAUGUGUCGAUCUAGGCCACGCGCUGAUCACCGAGCUAGAGGAGCGCGGCGCGAAAGGCAUGGUGCUGAAAAAGACGUCCAAGGCCCCAACCGAAUCCCACCCUUUCCUCCUCACCAAACCCAAACCGCGGCGCAUCCCCUCCCCGACCGACAUCACCACCAACGUCCCGAAAGCACGCGCUGUGCCCAAGUCUGUGUACGACGGCACCGGCGACUUUGAGGCCCUCGAACGCACGAAAGCCGAGAACCGCGAACGCGCCCUGCAGGCCUACGCGAAGGCCGAGACGCAACAAUUCGCGGUCGUCACCCGCACCCCGCCCGUGCCUACCCGCGCGCAGACCCCGCCGUCGCCGCCCCGGCCGCGCUUGCAUAAACCCGUGCCGGCGAACCUGAGGGACGCGGUGCCGAUCAAGCUUACCACGGCUGCGAUUUUGAGGGAGGAUGCGUUGGUGAGACGGCAUCGGAGGGAGGAGGAGGUGUGGUUGAGUGAGGUCGAGAUGGGAUUGAGGGAUGGCGGGGAGUUUAGGGAGUGGGAGAAUGAGGCGAAGAUGAGAGAGGAAGAAGACCGAAAACUCGAGCAAGAAAAACGAAAGCUGGAGAUCCAGCUCAUGCGCGAAGAAGCAUACAUCGCCAAACAAGAUCUGCUCAAAGAAAACAGGGAACGAGCGCAAGACCUAAUGGCAGAACGCGAAACCCUCCGCGCCACCGCCCAAGCCUCCCGCAAAGAACUCGAAGAAGAAAACCGCAAAAAAGUAGAGGAGAUCCAGGGGAUGCAGGAGGAUAUCCAAAAGGCCAAGAAGAAAGUCAUGGACGAUAACCUGCGCAAAGCCGCGGACAUAACCCACCAAACCGCGCACCUCCGCACGCUUGCCCUCAAAGCGCAGGAAGAAGAACUCGCCCGCAAAUCCCUCCUGAUCGCACAGAUCCGGCAACUCGAGCGCAGCAUCCCCUCCGUCGGGUCCAUCGUCAAAUUCGUCGACCCGACCGAAACGUCCCACGUCGGUCUCCUCUCAGAAAUGUCUGUCACGGAACUGCAGGAACGGUUGCUGGUUACGAAACAGGCGAAGGAGGAGGAGGAGGAACGGAGACGGGAGGAGAUUGGCGAGGAGAGGAGGGUUAGGGUGGCUUUGAUUAGGGGGAAGUUGGAGGAUAUUGAACGGGAGAGGGGGGAGAGGAGACGGCGGAGGAGGGAGGCGGGGCGGAGGGGUGAGGGGGGCGAGGAGUCGGCGCUUGUUACGUCGACGUCGGCUGCGGAGUCGGUUUAUAGUUAUAAAGCGACGACGACGACAGCGACGUCAUCAGCAACGACAACGCAUAAACAGACUUCAGAGACACGGGAACUGAAACACCUCCGCGACAAACUACACCAGAAGCGCGCCGCACGCCUCGCUCAGCCUCCACCACUCCCCGCGGGCCGUUCGCUCAGUGCAAAGGGCACGGGACAUGCGGUCCCGGACGUCGCGGCGUCGUCGGAGUGGAUCGAGCUAGAUAUCGCCGAGAGGGAGUAUCGUGCCCAGCGUGGGUUUAGGAAGGGGACUUCGGGGAGUAGUGGGACGGUGGGCUGGGAGGCGGGGGAGGUUGGGGCCUAA